ACGACGACCUUUUUAGCAUCAAGGAAGUGGAGUCCUGUCUGAUAGAGCUGAGGACGCAGGACGCAAAGGGUCACAGCUGUUUUUGAGUCUCUGCUAGAUUUCAGAAACACCUCCUCUGGUCCACCUGCCACUUCAGGGGUUUCAAAGCUUCUUCAAUGAACAGCGCUGAGACAAACGGCCAGAACAACAUGCAGGAUUCGAAGAUGGCAAAAAUGGGCAAAGACCCACAACUGGAAGAAACACUCAGCAAGGUGCAGAAGUAUCUGGAGUGUUUCCAUCUGCCUCUGGAGAAGCUUCAGGAGAUUUCUGCUCGGCUCAAGAAAGACUUCAAUCGUGGUUUGGGGAAACACACGCAUCACAGAGCGGCCGUUAAGAUGCUCCCCACCUUCGUCACAGCCACACCUGACGGGACAGAAAAAGGCGACUUCCUGGCGUUGGACCUGGGAGGGACAAACUUCAGAGUGCUUCACAUUCGAGUUAAUGAAGAUGAGCAGAGGGUGAUGAAGAGUCAGAACUGUGCCAUCCCACAGGAAAUGAUGGUGGGAACUGGAGAACAGCUGUUCGACCACAUCGCUGCCUGUCUCGGUGAAUUCGUCAACUCCCAGGAUCUGAAGGGACAAACUCUUCCCCUCGGCUUCACCUUCUCCUUCCCCUGUGAACAGAAAGAAAUCGACAAGAGCAUCCUGAUCCGCUGGACUAAAGGCUUCAACUGUUCAGGUGUGGAAGGAGAAGACGUGGUGAAGUUACUGAAAGAGGCCAUUCACAGGAGAGGGGACUAUGAUAUCGGCUCCGUUGCCAUGGUGAAUGACACAGUGGGCACGAUGAUGAGCUGUGGCUACAAGGACCAGAGCUGUGAGAUCGGCAUGAUUAUUGGAACAGGAACUAAUGCCUGCUACAUGGAGGAGUUGAAGAACGUGAAGCGGGUGGAGGGCAUGGAGGUCAAGGAGGGCGAGAACAGACGGAUGUGCAUCAACACCGAGUGGGGGGGCUUCGGAGACGACGGAGCCCUGAAAGACAUCCUGACGGAGUACGAUGAGGAGGUGGACAGGACGUCUAUAAACCCCGGCAUCCACACGUUUGAGAAGAUGAUCAGCGGCAUGUAUUUAGGAGAAAUCGUUCGGCUAGUGCUGGUGAAGUUAACGCAGGAAAAACUGCUGUUUAACGGAGAAACAUCGAAGGCGCUGCUGACCCCAGGAACAUUUGAGACCAGGUUCAUCUCUGAGAUCGAGAAGGAGGACAAAGGUGUAGAAAACACUAAGAAAAUUCUGGCUGAUCUGGGUCUGACAUCAAAUGCAGUCGACCUCCAUAUAGUCCGUCUGAUCUGCGACACCAUCUCGUCGCGUUCCGCCCGUCUCUGUGCUGCCGCUCUGGCGACCAUCGUAAACCGGAUCCGUGUGAACCGCAAACUGGACCACCUAAAGACCACAGUGGGAGUGGAUGGGGCAGUGUACAGAAAACACCCCAAUUUCAGUGAGGAGCUCCAGGACAUGGUGCGUCGCCUCGCUCCACAAUGCGACAUCAACUUCAUCGUCUCGGAGGACGGCAGCGGUAAAGGCGCUGCCAUGGUAACGGCUGUGGCUCAGCGGCUGGCACUUCAGUCCCGGCUGUUAGAGGACAGUGAUGGUGAGGAUGACGACGACGAAGAAGAGGAGGAUAAUUAAGAAUGGAGAGGAUGGAAAAACUAGAAAAUAUGAACCAAUUGUAAAACAUUUUACACAAAAGGACUUUUAUUCAUGUUUACAACUAAGGCAACCAGAUCCUAAUAAAGCACAGUGUGUUUGUGUGGGACACGAUACUAAUGCUAAGAGGUUGACUCACACCUUAAAUGCAGCUGUUUACAGGUUAAACCUUCAGAAUGUCCAGACCUUAACAUAAUCAGUCUUCUGUUUUUACUUGAUUGUAACUUUCCAAACUCAUAUCUAAGUAAAUUCAAAAACAUAGAGGGUCGAAUCCACAAUGAAUUGGUUACAUCUAAUAUUGGUGCAGGGAGUUUCACAGUGUUUUUUGCUCACAUUGUGCUUCAAUUUAAGAACCUGCUCACAAAAGAUUUUAGAUUAAUGACUAACCCCAUUUUGCAUCAGUUUCUAGUGUUUUUAGGUGUUUUUCUAUGGGGUAAGGAAACUGUCAAAAUAUUUGUGUGCAUUAGACAGAUAUGUGUGCAUAUUAGCCUAUAGUUGUGCAAAAAUAAAUAUAGUUGUGCAAAAAAAAAUUUAAACGCUUGAAUGAGUUCAACUGUGCAUAAAAUGUAUUAUGUGUAUUUUAGCUGUCAGAAUAUGAGUGAAUAAGUUUUGACAAACAAGAAUUACAAACACGAAAUGCAACUUUAC